UAAAUAAGCAUACAUCCAAGCAUGCUACAAAAACCAUUUUUUUAUUUAUAUUUGACAAAAAGAAGAACGUGGUUACACCGUUACAGCCUUACAGGUGCGGGAAAGAUACGUGCUGCGAGCAAGGAGGAGGAAUUCAAGCAGAAAACACCUUUUUGAACCCCGGGAGUAGAUGGGAAUUUCAAAUAUGGGUAGGGCAAGAGAAGAGUUGGAGGAAAAGCAGGAACGGGGAAAGGGAAGGGUGGAUGAUUGAUGAGGCCGGUGCCUCUGCCGUGCCUGCUGGUGGAGAGGCGUGUGGGACCCACGCCACGUUGGUUCCAGCUCAUCAUUCGCGCACGUCUCUUCUUGUUCGUCUCCGUUGCUGGCUGUCAGGACUCAGGACUCAGGCAGGGGCAGCAACAGCCAGCCAACAAAGGCUACUGGAAUUUUUUGGUUGGGAAAAUCUCGGAGGAGGAGCUCAUGGCAUGGAUCGUCCGUCCUGCUGUCUGAUUCGAUUCCGCUAGCUGUUCCGCGCUCUCCAAGCCUCCAGCUCCAUUCGAUUCGACUCGAUUCCCCUUCCCUGCCUCGUCCUCGUCCAUGGAUGAUCGGAUCACCACCGGCGGCGGGACAUGCGACGUCGGAGAAUUUGCGUGGGACGUGGUGCUCUGGCGCCGGGGCCGCGCCGACGUCAGCGCCUGCCUGCUGGCGGCCACCGCCGCCUCCUGGCUGCUCUUCUACGGCCCGGGCCGCGGCUACACCGCGCUCUCCCUCGCCUCCGACGUGCUCCUGCUCCUCCUCACCGUGCUCUUCCUCUGGGGCAAGGCCGCGCGCCUCCUCAACAGGCCGGCGCCCCCCGUCCCGGCGAUGCGCGUCUCGCAGCGGGCCGUGGACGAGGCGGCGGCCCUGCUGCGCGCCGCCCUCGACGCCGUCUGCUCCGGCUUCCAUGACAUCGCCACGGGCGGGGACUCGCUCCUCUUCUGCCGGGUCUUCCUCUGCCUGUGGGCCCUCUCCAUCGUCGGCAGCCUCACCGAUUUCCCCACCUUCUGCUACGCGAGCAUCGUAGCUGCUCUGACGCUCCCGGCAUUGUACCAGAAAUACCAAGAUUGUGUGGACACAUACAUGAGGUUUGCCUACAUGAACCUGCGCAUGUACGAGAUGGUGUACGAGAGGUUCUCCAUGAAAUGCUUCAUCAGGGUCAGGGAUUGCGUCACGGAGGUCCUCAAGGAUCCAUGACCAGCCUUCCACCGGCUACCGCCAUUGCAUCGCUUGCUUCCACAGGGAUUGGAUUUGGUUUCUCCUCUAUAGUUUUCUUUGAUUGAACAUAGCAUAGCCCUGUUAGCACAGGAGUGGGAAAUAUAGAAAGAAAUGAGUAGUUCUGAUUGGUUCUGAUGAUUAUUUGUUUGCUUACCCCGAGUGGUGUGCUGGUUGCUUUGAGCUUCAGCUGUUGUUCAGCUAGGAGCAGUCUAGCGUGAUGCGUGCAAAUGGCUGCAGGCUGCAGCUGGUCCAGUUUGGUGCUCAGCACAGCCACGAUCGCAUGUAGUUUUGUGUGCGCGCCUGUUGUUCCCAGGCUGCUUUCAUGUAGCUGUUGAGUUUGUACACAAAGACAAACUCACUGUAAACAUUUGCUUAUAUCUCCAUGAAUGAAUUGAACUGAAAUGAAUUUGAUAGUUUA